AUGUUCUUCCACAAGAUGUGCCCAUAUAGCACCGAUAACGUCGCCGAUGAACCCUGCGACUCGGCAAAAUACAACAUGUAUCUGGUUGCCCGGGCGCAGUAUUUGGAUAGUUUGACCCGCUCAUGGCCUGUCCUUUUUGGUCUCACAGCUGAUGAAGCAAUGAUUUCCUCUGAAGAAAAAGGCGCCCAAGAUUUAUUGAGGCAAAGAGGCCUUAACCCAAGCAUGAUUCUUACUUGGCAGUGCCCCAUCAUGCUCAUGGCUUGGUCAUGGGUAGCAUACACGAUUUCAAUCGUCGUGCUCAUUUCCAAACCGUUCAUCGCCCCAGCCAACACUGACACCGACCAGCGAAAGAUGUGA